UUUUUUUUUUCAAUUUGGCUAUAAAAUAUUUCACAGUUAUCAGAUCAGCUAUCAGUUGAGACAGUUGAAAGGGUGCGAGCGAACUAUACCCACGCAUUAAUGUGAAAUUCGUGAUGGGCUUUGGCAGUUGAGGUUGUUUAAAAAACAAUAAGAACCUCGAAGAGCACCGGAUGGGAAAAAAUAAAAUAAAUUUUAGUUCGCAAAUUUAGCCAAGUGCCGAAGCAAUAAAUUCCGUUAUUAAUUUUUAUUUGAAGAAUUUUCUGUGAUUUGGCGUCACUUUCAAAAGAAAUUUGGGCGCAAUUUUUUAUUAAAAAUAUUUGUUGAGUCGCAUCAAAAUCUGCGCACCAAAAAAUAAUUGCGUAAAAAUGUUUUUGAAAGCACAGAAUAUUUUCCAAAGAGUAAUUAACUACAUUAAAUGGCUGUUUAUGCUCUACGAAUUGAAUACACAAAUUUCGAUUUGUGAGCCAUGGGAGCGAGUGUUUGCGCAUAUUCUACUGCUACUUGGCGCUACGAUUGUCAUUUUUAUCGUUAGUUAUGUACCUGCAGUUACAAGAACACUGGUAGCAUUCGCGCUAUAUGGAAACUGGUUGCAGGAUUCACCACAGAAUAGUCUACUAGUCGAGAGAAUUUCGUAGAAAGGAAUUACCAUCAUAACAUAUAGCUUUUAGUAAAAUAGUUAGUACUUAGUUUAAUUAUUGUAUUAUUACAUUGGUAAAUAUUAUUUAUACUUCAUUUUCUACUAUUAAGUCGUGUUUUGCUUCUAAGUGUUUUGCAAAUACACAUUAAAAAAAAUUAAAUGCUUAA